GUCACCGCGAUCUCUCGACCUCCACUGACGGCGCAUACAUCCCGUAUGUGGACCCGAGCCUUUCCGAAGAGGAGCAAAGAACCGUCGUAAGGCUAAUGGGCCUCGGCGAUAUAUUGACAGCUGGAGAAAAUUCAUCGUACGCGAAACCAGGCUCUAACCCACCCGGAGUCGACCAGCGCACAGCAUCCCUGCCACAGCCCGUGUCAUCGACCUCGACUGCAUCGAGGAUUGCCUCCACUUCAUAUGCUACCACGCCGUGCUGCUACUCAGAAGGCGAGUGCGCUAGUCUCACCGAAGACGACCUCUCAAGAGGUGUCCCAGGUGUGCGGCAACAUCUUUGGAAGUACCAUCAACGCCACUUCGUGCGGGAUAGACACGGCAAAUAUCUCUGCCAGUGGCGUACGGGACCUGGCAGGGAGGUCUGCGCCAUGGCCAUCUCGGAUCUCGACAACCUCGCCAGGCACAUGGCGUCCGUGCAUCUCAGGCUCACAACACAAAAAUGCCCGAGGUGCGGUAGCCAGUUCUCGAGGACGGAUGCGCUAUUGAGGCACUGCAAAAGGUGUUACUGAACAGCUACAGGUCUGUUGCUCUAUACACCGAUACCGCCUCUCCAUUGCGGUCUUAUGCACCGUUCACAUUGCGUCCUACUCUCAUGAGCUCGUCUGAUCUCCGUCUUCAAACAUGUCCGAGCCUGUCUGUGUUAUCCGGAAGACGUCACCGAGAACUCUUAUAUUGAUCAUUCUUCGCCCACUCUUCGCCCAUUAUUACGAC